AAAAACAAAUACAUAGCAGAAAUAAAUUUUUAUCAUUCCAAAAAUUACAAACCUGCUAUUUAUUUGUUUAUCUUGUAAUUAAUUAAUUCUUAAACUAAAAUGUCUUUGGUUGAUAUUGAUUCUUGGCUUACCGAAUACGAAUCAUGCGAAAAAUUGAGUCACACAAUUCUAGCAGAAAUUGCGCGACGAGAACAAAACCGCCCCCAAGGCUACACCGAACUCACCAGGAAGAUUACUGUAUUUCUUGAACAAUUUGAAAAAGAAUUGCAACAAUUAAAACAGAAAUUAGAUUCAUCAUCAAGGAAUAGGUCUAUCACUUUUGAAGAAACAGAAAGACGCCAACGACUCAUUGAGAUUUUACAAUCAAAACUUCAACAGUCUAGAAGUAAAUUCACAUCUAGCACGCGUUCAGACUUGCUUCCAUCGUCUUCCGGGUCAUUUUGGCAAGGAGACGAUGUACCCAUUAUUGAUACAAAUAAUGGAACUCAGACCGUGGAGCAAUUAAAACAGAGACAGAUCCAAAUAAUGGAAGAUCAGAAUCGAGGAUUAGAUGCACUGUCCAAGAGUAUUGCCAGACAAAAGGAAUUGGCUUCAAUGUUGGGUCAAGAGGUUGAUGAACACAAUGUUAUACUGGAUAACUUGACAGACUCUAUGGAUCGAGUAGAUAAUAGAGUUCAUGCUGAGACUUCUAAUAUUGGGUUAGUUAGUCAAGCAGACAGUACUUGGGGCUAUUGGAUGGUGAUACUUGGUCUCUUUGUUGCCAUUGUAAUCGUAUGGAUUAUAUAACAUGAUUAUUUGUUUGUCAUUUUUAUCUCUUCCUAUCUUCUCGUUGUUUAUUUUCCAAAGAUCAAAGUUAUAUAGCUACCACGUACGUACAUUUGUAAAUCAUAAUACCUAUUCUAAUUUUUUUAUAAAAAACAAAUAAAAAUAUAUAUUUACAUA